AUGAAGGAAGAUAAGGACCCAGUGAAGAAAACUCUUUUACGACGUCGCAGUGAUCCAACUUCAAGCCAUAUUGGCGCAGUUGAUGGGUUUGUGGCAGCUGAAUUACCAUGGGGUUCCUUGAAAGUAGUUAUUAUGACUGGUGUUGAUUUUGCAUCGCCACCAGGCCAUUUUGCUGUCAAGUCAUUAUUACAAGAAUUAUUCACCGUUUUUGAUCGUAAAAUUCAUUCUAUCGAAGAUGGAGACAUCGAACGUAAUAUUAACAAGACUCUUCAAAAUGGGGACAACACUUAUAUUGAAAAUCUUCUACGAGUUUUGAACAUGCUUUGCGAACAUUGCUUGCCGUCUAUUCUUGCAACAUUAAUCACUUGGUAUGAGAAACAGCUUAAACGUUUCGAGGAAUUGAGUGAAAGAACCGCGAAAUCAGAUGAACAACGCUUAACAAUCAAUUAUUUGUUUUGCGUCGUAUUAAUUGAAGUUUUGCCACAGCUACACUUUUUCCCCACCAUUUGCGAUAAUUCCGUAUCGUAUAUUGUGGCUUUAGCAUUUGACGAAGUUGCAUAUCGUGAACUUUCAAUUUUUGGUUCAAAUUACAACAAUUACUUACUGGUAGCCGAACGUUAUGCCGAGGUCCUCGGUGUUUUGUCGCAUACACAUGCAGUUCUAAUACAGCGAACAUUUCUUAAUAUACUAGAUGAACUCCGGAAGGAGAAUCCAGUGACUGCAUUUAAUAUGAAUUGUAUAAUAGCCUUGCUAAUGGCUAUGAAAUUCUAUAGAAUAAAGACCGGUGACGUCGCCGAGUUCGAAAUUGGCGUACGUUUCUUGGAUGAACUUGGACAAUAUUAUUUGGAUGUCAAACAAAAGGAUAUCAAACAUGCAAUUGCGGGAUUGUUAGUUGAGAUUCUUCUUCCAGUUGCAGCCCAAAUCAAGACAGAAGCAAAUAUACCUGCGGUAAUAUCAUUUGUUGAUAAGCUUUAUGCACCUACAUUUGAACUGGUUAAUAAAAAACGCGAUAAAAUGGCAGCAUAUCCAUUGCUGACAUGCUUAUUGUGCAUUAGCCAGAGUAAAUUUUUCUUGAUGAAUUGGGCACAAUUUCUCAAUUCUACAUUAGCAAGCUUGAAAAACAAAGAUCCGAAAGUAUCCAGAGUUGCGUUGGAAUCUUUAUAUCGCCUCCUCUGGGUAUAUGUGAUACGGAAUAACUGUGAAGGUAAUACAGCCACGCGAAAUCGAUUGGAAUCAAUUUGUAAUUCAUUGUUUCCGAAAGGUAACCGAGCUGUGGUACCGCGCGAUGCACCGUUGAAUAUCUUCGUUAAAAUUAUUCAUUUUAUAGCACAGCAAAAGCUUGAUUUUGCUUUUAGGGAAAUAAUUUUCGAUUUGUUGGGUUGCAACAGGGCGCACAAUGUAUUAAAGAGUUCGAUCUACCCAGAACGUAUGAAUAUUGGGAUACGGGCAUUAAUGGUUAUAGCAAAUAGCCUGCAACAGAAAGAGGGACCACCUGAUAUGCCACGUUCAAUGGCUCUGAGCUCCUCCCAAAGAUUGAAGAAAACAUAUAUUUCCCGUCCUUUAACAGCUGAAAUUGCUCGAUCAAUUGGCAUUGAGCUGUAUUAUGCACCAUGUAGACGAGCUUUUGAUUCUAUUCUAAGAGCAUUGGAUUCACAAGUUGGAAAGCCGUUAAUGAUGACUACCGCACAUGCUCGAGGGAAAGAACCAGAGGAGCUAUUAACGGGCGACGUGAAACCUAAGUUGGAUUUAUAUCGGACAUGCAUUGCAGCGAUUCCACGCCUUCUUCCGGAAUCAAUGAGUCAUUCAGAGCUUGUCGAAUUAUUAGUACGAAUGAAUGUGCACAUCGAUGAAGAACUCCGAGUACAUGCUGCACAGACGUUGCAAACGCUUAUGAGCGAAUGUGCAGAAUGGCGUGAAGAUAUUAUCCAUUCCUUCCUUAAUUAUAUGACAACUCAGUUUUCUGACACAUAUCCACUUCUACUUGAUUCAUUAUUACGGCUUUUAUACCAGUUAUUGUUUACAUGGAAAACGGCUGCAUAUAUGGAAAAGAAACGUGAGAUGAACGGUGAUUCCGAGCGAGAUAAUGGUUUUAUUAAUCCUCUAAGAAUGCAGAUUUCGCCGAUGUUAACAAAUUCAAUUGCUAUCGCGUUGCAUGCAGUAGAAGGUUUUGCGCUUGCAAUGAUGUGUCAGUAUAGGAUACAAUCCAGAAAAAUUUCUAUAAAUAUUUUGAAAGAGGUACGGCACUUACUGACGCUUGUAACGUCUCAGCAGCAUGAUACACCUGUGAUUGAGGUGUUAGACAAUGCAACGCCCUAUGUGAUCAAUAAAUACAUCGAGCAUGUCCCGCUUUAUGAAAGACAAUCAUGGAAUCAUGAUUUUUCAUCAGCUUCCGAUAAAAUUGCAUCAAUCGAAACAGAUAGCUGUUUGGUGAAUAGUGAUAGAGGCAACGAAUAUUUUCGGUGGGAUGCAUGGGCUUCUGCGCUUUCUGGUUAUUGCGAACAUCGUUUUCUCU